AUGCUAGUAGAUUCGACAGAAAAAGAUGAAAAUCUAGAAACAUAUUGUUUGAUUUGGUUGGACAAGUCAGUAAAUAAAUCAGAAGAAAAUUUUCAUGCUCAACAAAUACUGCGAGGAUCGAUUCAUCGUUUAUUGACCUUUGACGAUGAGGAACGAUGCUUAGACUAUAUUGAUCAUCUGUCCGAUGAUGAUCGAAUUGUUAUGAUUGUCAGUGGACAACUCGGUCAAGCAAUAGUUCCUCAAAUUGCGUACCUUCGAAAAAUCGUAUCUAUUUAUGUAUAUUGUAUGGAUAAGCAAGCCAAUGAAAAAUGGGCUCAACAUUUUUCUAAAGUGAAAGGUGUUGUCGCUCAAUUAGAUCAACUUAUUCAUCUCAUUCAAUCACAUCAAACGCAACGGCAAUAUACUAGAAUUGAUGAAUCUUUAGUAAUCAAUGUUUUUAAACCAAAAACUCAAAAUUACGAACAAUCAUCUACGGGAUUAAAUGGUCAAUUCAUUCAUUCACAAUUGUUAAUUGAUUGUCUUAUUCGAAUGGUACCAACAACCAAUGAUAAACAUGAUUUUACCAAUGUUUGCAAAGAACAUUAUAAAAACAGUCCAGUUGAAUUAAGUAUCGUCGAAGAAUUCGAUAAGCAAUAUUCAUCUCAACGAGCGUUAUGGUGGUACACACGCGAAUGUUUUAUCUAUCGAUUAUUGAAUAAAGCACUACGAGUACAAAAUAUUGAUAUAUUGUUUUUAUUAAGAUUUUUCAUUCGAGAUAUUGGACAACAAUUAGAAAGGAAUAAAUGUUUAUCGCCGAUUCGAGCCUAUCGAGCACAACAAAUGUCAAAAGAUGAACUCGAAAUAUUGAAAAAUUCCAUCGGAGAAUUUAUAUCAAUGAAUUCAUUUAUUUCGACGAGUCUUAAUCGACAGAAGGCUCGAGCGUUUCUCUAUUCUACUAAUUUGACAGAUGAUAUGGAAAAAGUCUUCUUUGAAAUAGAUGCUGAUCCUCGCUUGAAAAAUAUCAAAGCAUUUAGUAAAAUCAUUUCACUGAGUUGUUUUCCAGAAGAAGAAGAAGUACUUUUCACGGUUGGAUCAAUCUUUCGACUUGAUAACAUUCAAUGUGAUAGCGAAGGAAUUUGGAUUAUUCGAAUGAUCUUAUGUUCUGACAAUGAUCAUCAGCUGCAAACAGUUGUUCAACACAUGCAAAAUGAAUUAGGUACCGAACAAACCAAUACUCUAGUUUUUGGUCACGUCCUUCGCAAGAUGGGUAAAUUGGAUGAUGCGGAAAAAUAUUAUCGUUUUUUUCUCGAACAAUUCUCUUAUGACGAUUCAAAUUUGGCACAUGGUUACCACGCGUUAGGUCUCGUAGCAAAUGAAAAAGGUGAUUUUGGAGCAAGUUUGAUAUGGUAUAAUAAAUCACUUGAGAUCUUCUUGCGAAUAUUGAAACCAAAUGAUCCAAAUAUCGCUGUUUCUCAUAACAGUAUCGCCAUCGUACAUCAGCGGAACGGUGAUUAUAUCCGUGCAUUGGACUCGUAUGAGAAGGCACUAGCGAUUUGGAAAAGAGUUUAUGGUGAAGACCAUCCUUGCAUAGGUAUAUGUCUCAAUAAUAUGAGUAAUGUUUAUCGAAACGAAAAGCAAUAUACAAAAGCAUUAGAAUGCGUCGAGAGAGCAUUGAAUAUUCUACGGAAGCAUCUUCCUGUUGAUCAUGCCGAUUUAGCUGCACUCUAUGGAAGUAUGGCUAAUAUUCAUCUAUGUCUCGGCCAUCACGAUGAAGCCUUACAAAAAUAUAAUCUUUCGCUUGAAAUUAACAAAAAAACUCUUCCUUCUCAACAUGCUAACAUUGCCAUAACACUAAACAAUAUUGGAAUUGUCUAUGAGGAUAAGAAUGACUAUCGACAAGCACUUCAUUAUUUUAAGCUAGCAGAAGAUAUCUAUCGACAUUCUUUACCUUCCGCGCAUCCUAAAUUAAUUCAACUUGAACAAAGUAUCAAACAUAUGUUAUCAAAAAUAAAAUAG